CCUAAUCCAAAUGAAGCCAAACUAUUGUUUCAUUCUCCAAAAUAUAAUAAAAAUAAUAACUUAAUUCUGCGCAAGGCGCGGGUCUUAUCCUAGUAUUAGUUUAGAACUUAAAUCAAUCAUAUAUGAUUUUGAUAAAUGUUUUAAUAAGUUAAUUGAUAUUGCUUUGAAUUAGAGAGUCCAUUAAAAAAUCCCAUAAUUAUUAAAACCUGAGCAGGCCAUAUUAUCUUACAUAGUAUGCCUUAAUACGCCAUUGGGCUGAAAAACUUAAUUACAACCCAUCAUCAUCCAUGAAAAUAGCUCAAGAGUUAGAAAGAAUUUAAAGAUCUACUGUAAAAUUUGCAAUUUUGGAUUUGAAAACGAUUCAUUUUUGUUAUUGAUUCAUUUCUCAAUUGUUGAAUUCAAAUAAAAAUUAAAAAGAAUUUAUUUAAAUUUUACAAAGGAGAAAUUAUCAUCCAGUGAAGAAGAUGAAGACAGAAAAACUUCAACUUUUAACACCUAACUUGCUCAUAACAUCAACACCAUUCUUCCCGGCGAUAAUCACCGACGUAGCCAUACCCAGAAACAAACCAUGCUUUACCACUCCCUGGAACAUCCCGAUCUCCUUCGCCGAUGGCCCAAUGCGAACCCAUCCUUCAACGGGCUGUCAAAAUACAAAUCGAUCACAUAAUAACUAUUAUCUGUCACAUACUGGUUCCCGUUCCCAUCAACUCUCAGCUUCGCAUCACACCCAAACUCGAACAGAAUGAGAUCUCUCAAUCUCAAAGAUACCUUUUUGAUUCAAAAUCACGUGUUCAACAAUUAAUAUGAAUUAUUAAUAGGCAUUAUUAAUAUAUUAAAUAUAAUUAUAAUUAUAUGGCAAUGGCAGAAUCUGUAAUAUCUAAAGCAAAUUAAAAGCAAAAUCUUAAAGAGGAAUUUUGCUUUAAUAGUAUAGAUAUAUGCAUAUAUGGCAUGCUUUUUUUUCUUUAAUUUAAAGCCUCUUGUGUACGGAGGUAGGGAGAUUUACUUGGGUUAGAUCUAAUCUAGGGUUUCUAACAAAGACCUAUAUAUAAGAUUGUUUCACCUAGGCUCCUCCUCUCAAACAUAAAAAAAAAAAAAGAGUAGAGAAAACAGAAAAGCAAAGAGAAGAUAUAUAUAUAUAUAUAUAUAUAUAUAUAUAUAUUUAUGGUUAAGAAACAAGCAUAUGAUGAUGACCACAGGCAGCAAAAAGAAUAAAACCACCGUGACCAUUAAUCCACAGGCCUCAAGCUAUGAUGUACUCCCUCUGGACUUGCUGAUGGAGAUUAUUGGGAGAUUGCCUGUGAAAUCCAUAGCUAGGUUUCUUCUAGUAUGCAAGUUAUGGGCUACCACCAUCCGCAGUCGAGAUUUUAUCAAAUCUUUCCCGCUUGGAUCUUGUUCUUCUCAUGAGCCUCGCUUCCUAAUCGCCUUCAAUGGUCUAGAUAAAACUGAAGAACGAAAUCUCAAAAAAAAACAUUGGUACUUCUUCUCGUCCGCUUUCAUUUCGCGCUCAUCAUGUCCAUUACCAAUUCGUGUGUACCGUUCGCAUUACGUGAAUGGCUUACUCUGCAUUGAUUAUGGUCAAGAGCAAUUCAUAGUUAACCCGACCACCGGUAAGUCCAUAGCUUUACCUAGAGUUAGAACCAGAAGAAAGGUAGUAAAAAGUUUUUUCGGAUAUGAUUCAGUUAGUGAUGAGUAUAAAGUAUUGUGCAUGUCGGAAGCACAUAAUGGUCCUAAUUUUCUUGGACCGUCGUCCCAGCAUCAAAUAUUCACAUUGGGAGCUAAGAAAAGAUCAUGGAGAAUGGUAGAAUGUAGCAUUCCUCAUUGUCCUUGUUCUAGCGGUGUGUGCAUAGAUGGGGUUAUAUAUUAUAUGGCUAAAACGGGCACUGCUAAUUUGUCGCAACUCAGCUUAGUGAGUUUUGAUUCGAGGUGUGACAAGUUUGAUCUUGUUACUGGAGUGUCCCCAGAGAUUCUAAUAAAUGAGAAUCAAUUUAGCCAUGUUGUGAUUUUAAACUUCGAAGGCAAAGUAGCAAUAACCACUAAAACCACACACACGUUUGAUGUGUGGGUUAUGGAUCAAAAUGCUGAAGAACGUAAAUGGUUGAAGAAACUUACUUUCAGCGUUGAACCUUGGAAGAGUUUAUUUCAUUCUCCUUCGUCUGUAUCCAUCAAAGGCAUCACUCAGACGGGUGAGUUUAUUUUGGUACCAUACUAUUACAAUUCUUAUGAUGUCUAUGUUGGCCUUUACAACCACUACACUGAUACCUUUAGAAAAGUUAAGGCCGAAGGAAACGAAGACAAUGACUUCAUAAAGCGUAAUUAUGUGAGAGGAAUAUUUUUUUCGGAUUGCAUAGAGAGUGUUCGGUUUUUGUAGAAUAUGUCGACAGUUCAUGAUGUCUGAUACCUUCACUUUGUUUAUCUUUUUGAUUAGUGUUAUUUCAUAAACUA